AUGGCCGAGCCAGACGCGAAACCAAAGAGUCGGCUAAGACAGGGUUCUGAAUUUGCCGUGUCUGUUUUCGAGUUCAGCACGCCGUAUGAGGUUGUCUUCAAGGACUGGCGGCUGACUCUACUGCAGGCCUUCUUCACUUUCAUGGUAGCUGUGUAUGUGGCCGUUCGAUCAGUGCUGUUCUGGAGCAUCGUCAACUUUGAUCAAGUUGCGACUGGCUUCAACAGCUGGUGCUACACCUCAUGGACUUCCCCAUCUGUGUCCUCACCCCAUUGCGGAGAGAAUCCGAUGUUCGACCUUGCGCCGCAGGUUGUUGAGCAGCUUGGUGGUAUCGAAGCCUAUAACCACACGUGCCCGCGUGUGCAAGGUGCGGAGGUCAUGAAGCAAGUGGGGACCGAAGCUCAGGUUAAAGUUUGGCAACAGCUCCGACGAAACACUCCUGGAUGUGGACCAGGAGCCGAAGCAGACUCUGUCGAUGU